AUGGAUGAACCACUGAAUGAAACGAAAGCCAUUCUAUUCAAUGACCUUAUCCCACUUCCUUUCCGAAUCUUGGGGCUCAUCCAACUUGGUGUCACGCUAUGGUUUGUGUUAAAUUUUGUACUAUCAACAGUUUCAUCAUUAAACUUACUUCAGCUACUCAACUUGUCAUAUAAUACACACAAAUACACCCUGUUGGAUGGCCCGCUACCACUGUCAAAUGGAGAAUAUGCUACAUCCAUACCUGCUGACAGACACGAAAACAGUCGAUUAAUUAUAGGUAUAUGGUCAAGUUUAAAGGCAGUUACUAUAGUUAACGUACUCAGUUGGGUUGCAUUCAAAACUGUUCAGUAUUAUCUCAAUGAUUGGAAGAUUAUCUACUAUAGUAUACCUAUUGCACUGUUUGCGUACGUCUUUAAUAGACUAUUUUAUGCAAAUUCACAAAGUCCUGGACAAGUUCGUGUUUGGACAACAAUGAAACGAAUUCUACGAGGUGGCAUCAAUAGUCAAUCCAUGAGAAGUAACGAUAUCUUGAUUAGUGAUUCAUUGGUAUCCUUUGCUAAGGUUAUAAAUGAUUUUGGGUUAUUUGUAUGGAAUUAUUACAUCGAUGACACCACAGCAUAUAAUUAUAAAUUGGAAUUUGCUAUAUUGUGCAUUCCAACUUGCAUUCGUAUCAAGCAGUGUUGGUUUGAGUAUCGUACUACAAGACAAGUGCAACAUUUACUAAAUCUUGUCAAAUAUAGUACAGGUAUUGGCCCACUUGUCGUUAAUGUGUUGAUCAAAAGUACAUUGAUGAAUGCAAGUGAUGAUGCUAAACAAUCGGGUCAAUUGAUGAUUGAUUUGACGUCGUUGAACAAAUGGUGGUAUGUUCUACUGGCUUUGAAUUCAACAUACUCUUUUAUCUGGGAUAUCAAAAUGGAUUGGCAUUUACAAUUGUUUAACAAAUUAUUCAAUCCAAAAUCACAAUUUCGCAUUUUGCGUAUCCACAAGGCAUACCCAAAUAUUAUCUAUUUUUCAGCCAUGGUCAUUGAUUUCUUAUUACGGUUCAUUUGGGUGCUAAAAUUAUUCAUAAUCAAUGAACAAUUAGCUCAGUCAAGUGAAAUCAAGUUUAUACAUGUUAUGUCGACAUUCUUGUUUGGUUAUGAUGCGUAUUCGUUUGGAUAUGUAGUUAUUGAAACAUUGGAAAUCUUCAGAAGAUGGAUUUGGUGUUUCAUCAAGUUGGAAAGUGACUGGGUUAAAUUGAGAGUGCACGAGCAAGAGCAAUUUGGACAAAGAAGCGGUGAUGUGGAGUUGGAAGAUGUCGCGCAACAGUAG